GCUCUAUUGGAUAUGGUACGUGUUGAGAGGUUCAGAGUAGUACUAGUAGUAGUAAUACUGUUGAACUUCUAACCACUAAUAUGUAUGACAGUAAAGUGAUUGGUUUGGGUAUCAGGCUCACACACUCUGCAGCACACAAACAAAAGGGGGGAUGUGGAGCAGAACUAACAGCCAUACUGCUGAAAUGAAUCAGCCAGCAUUAUGUAAGUCAGGAGGACAGAGCAGAGCCUCACAUAUACCCAGUGACCACUCAGCAGUAGGUCUACUAAGCGCCAUGGAUACCCUUUCUCUCACUCUGCCCUACUGUACCUCAUUCUCUUGUUCUCCUCUGCUCUUUUUUACCAACCACUCUGACAUGCUCCUUUUCUCAUAACUUCCUUUCCCUUCUCACCCCUCUGUCUCCUGGCAGUAACUACUUUAGUGUAGUUAAUGUGUGUGUGUGUAUGUGUGUACGCGGGUGUGUGCGUGUGAAUGGAAGGGGAGUGGAGGUGUAUGGGCUGAAGUUCACUCCCAGACAAAAGUGUGAGUAAGAGAGGGCUAAGGAGAGCUUGAUAUUGCCCUGUUGAGGACUUACACACCCUUGACCAGCAAUCAGGGAGGGCGAGAGGCAAAGUUCAGGGGCUGUAAAGAGGUAAGGGGAGAGCUGCGGACACUUGGCCGCCAGCUGUUUGUUGGAUGCUGCCACAUCUCUGCCACACCGCACCUCUCCACACCGCUCUCUUCGCCGCAGGUAUUUCCUAGGAGCUGAAGUUGGCAUCAUGCCACCAAAGAUUCAAGUCAAAUCGGAGGUUCCAAAAGUCCUCAAUAAAACCACCCCUGGCCUGCAGAUAUGGAGAGUGGAGGACAUGGAGCUGGUGCCCUUCCCAUCAAAGGCAUACGGCCAGUUCUUCGAGGGGGACAGCUAUGUAAUACUCUAUACACACAAGACCAGCAGCUCCUUCUCCUAUGACAUCCACUACUGGCUGGGCAAGCUCACGUCUCAGGAUGAGCAGGGGUGCGCGGCCAUCUACACCACGCUAAUGGACGACCACCUGGGGGGCGUGGCCGUGCAGCACCGCGAGACACAGGGGCACGAGAGCGCCACCUUCAGGGGAUACUUCAAGCAGGGCAUCAUCUACAAGAAAGGAGGUGUGGCCUCUGGCAUGAAGCAGGUGGAGACCAACACGUACAACAUCAAACGCCUGCUGCAUGUCAAGGGGAAGAAGAACGUGGUGGCUGGGGAGGUGGACAUGAGCUGGAAGAGUUUCAACAAAGGGGACGUGUUCCUGCUGGAUCUGGGCAGCCUCGUCAUCCAGUGGAACGGACCACAGAGCAACCACAUGGAGAGACUGAGGGGAAUGAACCUGGCCAAAGACAUCCGUGACCGAGAGCGAGGGGGCCGAGCGCAGGUGACCGUGGUGGAGGGGGACGAUGAGAAGGCGUCCGAAGAGGCCAUGAAGCUCAUGAAGCAGGUGCUCGGAGACAACAGGAAGGACAUGAGAGAGCCCAUCCCGGACGAGGUGGUCGACGAGAAACUCAAGUCCAGCAUCAAGCUCUUUCAUAUUUCAGAUGCAGAGGGUAACCUGGUAGUUCAGGAGGUUGCGGUGAAACCUCUGACUCAGGACCUGCUACAGCAUGAGGACUGCUACCUAUUAGAUCAGGGUGGGAUACGGAUCUUCAUCUGGAAAGGGAAAAAGGCCUCCAAGACAGAGAGGUCGGAGUCUCUGGACAAAGCAGAGGCCUACAUAAAGGCAAAGGGUUACCCUACCACAACCUAUGUCGAGACUGUGAACGAUGGAUCCGAGUCUGCCCUCUUCAAGCAGCUGUUUCAGAAGUGGACAACAAAGAACCAGACCGUGGGCCUUGGCACAGUAAACAGUCCUGGGAAAAUUGCCAAGGUCGAACAGGUCAAAUUCGAUGCCACAUCCAUGCAUGCCAGACCGGACCUGGCCGCCAAGGAGAAAAUGGUGGACGAUGGGACAGGUGUAUCAACGGUGUGGAGGGUAGAGGACAAUGAGCUGGUACCAGUGGACAGGAAGUGGUUGGGCCAUUUCUAUGGUGGAGACUGCUACCUCAUCCUCUACGAAUAUGAAGUCAACAACAAAAAGCACUACCUACUCUACAUGUGGCAGGGACGACAUGCCAGCACAGCAGAACUGGCUGCCUCAGCGUACCACGCUGUGGCCAUAGACCAGCAGUACGAUGGAGAACCUGUCCAAGUGCGAGUGCCCAUGGGAAAAGAACCAAUUCACCUGAUGGCCAUGUUCAAGGGCAAGAUGGUCGUGUACGAGGAAGGAAGUUCCCGAGGAGACGCUGCAGACCUCCAGCCGCCUGUGCGUCUCUUCCACGUUCACGGCACUAACGAGUUCAACACCCGUGCCAUCGAGGUCCCACCUCGCUCCUCUAGCCUCAACUCCAAUGACGUGUUUGUGCUCAAAACAGAAAACUGCUGCUAUAUGUGGUGUGGAAAGGGAUGCAGUGGGGAUGAGAGAGAGCUGGGGAAAUCCCUGGCCGACAUCAUCUCCAGGAGGGAAAAGCACGUCAUCGCAGAGGGCCAAGAACCAGCUGACUUCUGGGUCAAUCUAGGAGGAAAGACUCAGUAUGCCAACACCAAAAGGCUACAAAUGGAAGAGGAUAAUAUCACCCCACGUCUCUUCGAGUGCUCCAAUCAGACUGGCACAUUCCUUGCCACCGAGAUCGCAAACUUCAACCAGGAUGACCUGGAUGAGGAAGACGUCAUGCUGCUGGACAUCUGGGAUCAGGUAUACCUGUGGAUUGGAAAAGGCGCCAAGGAGACAGAGAAGGAACAGGCGGCGACUACUGCCCAGGAAUACCUGCGCACCCACCCGGCUGGACGUGACAUUAAUACCCCGAUCCUGAUGGUCAAGCAGGGCUUUGAGCCUCCAACGUUCACGGGCUGGUUCCACGCCUGGGAUCCCCAUAGAUGGAGUGGUGGAAAGUCUUACGACCAGCUGAAGUCAGAACUUGGAGACGCAACCAGCAUCAUUCAACUUUCAGUGGAACUGACCGCACCCAAUGACACCAAGGCCCCUACUAAGAAGCCUUCUGGUCCCGUGGUGCCCACCAUCAGAGCCGCCUUCCCUGCAGAACAGCUAAUCCACGUCCAAGCUGAAGACCUACCCGAUGGCGUCGACCCCACACAGAAGGAGGAGCAUCUCUCCAAUGAGGACUUUGCUUUGGUCCUGGGAAUGGAUCGCAUGACCUUCUACUCCAUGCCUGAAUGGAAACAGAAAAACCUCAAGAAGGCGAAGGGCUUGUUUUAAAAGGGAUUCAUUAUUUUUGUACAUUGUGAUGAGCAUCCAAAGUUUUUUUUUUUUCAAAUGUUCAAGAGCAUUUGCUGCAAACUUUUGGUCCUGCAGACAGCUUUAUGCACCUGAUUCUUAAGCAAAAAAAAAAAAAAAAAAAACAACAACUCGCUUUUAUACAUGUAAUUCAACCAUUUCCAAAAGAUUUGAGCAGCUAUUGUUCCAGAGAUUUCAUGCUAUGGGGAUUUCAUGCUAUUGUUAUUUUACAAGUAGUCUGAGAGAUGUCAAUACAUUGCUUUUUUUAAAGUGAGAAAAAGUUUAAUUACAGCUACAG